AACUGCAUCUCAGUCAUGAAGUGAAACCAGUGAAACACCAGAAAGACGGCGAUAGUAAAUUGAACGUGGGUCGCGUAAUUUCUCGCCAAUUUGUACCGUUUUAUCAAUAGUAUAUACCGUUAUCAGUGUGUGCCGUCGGGCGGGUUUUAUUUGUGUAAAUUCCGUGUGCAAUAUUCGCGCAGUUGGAUUCUGCAAGUGUGAAAAUAGCAAAAUAGCGAUCGCUCAGUUUGUGUUGUUCUUUGGCUACGCACAGCAGUGGAAGUAUUUAUUUUUGGGCAAGUGUUUUCCGGGACUUUUUUUUCGUUGUGCGGUGUUUGUAUUGAUUUCUAAAAGAAAGUGACUAGGUAAAGCGCUUUUUGUUUAGGGAUUAUAUUAGUUGUCUUCUGCGAAAAUCAAAACGUGAACGAAGCGAGCGUACAUUGAAAUUGAAGAAAUGGCCGAUGAUUACUAUCUGCAGAACAAUGUUUCCAACAGUGAUGAUUCGGAAUCGGAACUCAAUUUGAGUACACCCGAACUGAAGGGAUAUCUUAGUAAAUGGACUAACUACAUCCACGGAUGGCAGCCGCGGUUCAUUGUUCUGAAGGAUGGCACUUUAUCGUAUUACAAAAGUGAGCAGGAUAGUGAUUUUGGGUGUCGUGGGGCAAUCAGCCUCCAGAAAGCCACAAUCAAGUCACAUGAGUUCGACGAGUGUCGUUUUGAUGUGUCGAUCGGGCAGAAUGUAUGGUAUUUACGAGCGGAAACUCAGGAGGAUAAACGUAACUGGAUAGAGGUGCUGCAGUCCUACAAAACAGACUACCCAGAAACACUCAGUCUUCGCCGUCAUGGGAGCACAAUUUCGCUGCAAUCCAACACACUGUCGACUGCCAGUGGUAGCAGUCUAAAGCGCGUUAGCUGGGGAUUGCGCGAAAAAAUGCACGAAAUCGAGACAUAUAGGGAUAUAUUGUCUGGACAAGUUGACACUCUGCAACGAUAUUUUGACGCACUUCAGCAAAAGAGUGAAAGUAAAGACCUGCUGGACUUGGGUAAUGGGCUGCGGCCAAUCGAUUUCAAAGGCGAAGCAAUAACAUUCCGUGAAACCACUGCCGGCGUUAUCAACACGCUACAGCAUUGCUUGGAUAUUAUCUCGCAGAAGGAGGAAAAUUUCAAAAAGAAACUCGACAAAGAGGUGGACAAACGUAGGAAGGCUGAGGAGAACUACAGGCUAUGCAAGGAAGAACUAAAUAAAAACCGAAAUUCUUCCAUUCCCGGUCCAGAUUUAGAGGAAGGGCCCCAUUCCACUAUACCCGAGGAUGAAUUCUUCGAUGCGGUCGAGACCGGUCUGGACAAGAUAGAGGAAGACCGACAACUACGCGUGCGACUCAAAUUCCAAUCACAGCAGUCGCAGCUAAGUACGGCUAGCUCUGUUUACAGCACUAACCUAGAAACUGAUGAUGAUAAGCAACAGUCAGAAGACUUUGGAACCGGUGCACAGGCUCACAGUCACAAACUGUGGCCGGAAAUUGACAAAAUCUGCACAGAGCAACUUUACCAGGCCCGGCAGGGUGUCGGAGAUGGUGGCAACGGGUGGCAGCUGUUUGCCGACGAAGGUGAAAUGAAAAUGUACCGGCGAGAAGAGGAAGUCGACGGAAUGGUUAUCGAUCCACUGAAAUCUUGUCACGUGGUGCAAGGGGUAACGGCACGGGAAAUGUGUCAUUACUUCUUCGAUCCGGCGUAUCGAAACGACUGGGAAACUACGCUGGAAGAUGUACAGAUAGUGGACAACGUUGCCCCGGAUACGAUGGUCUUCCUGCAAACGUACAAGCGCAUUUGGCCCGCCAGUCAACGUGACGCACUGUUUUGGUCCCACAUGCGAAAGAUCACCGACAACGCCGACCAGGGAGCACACGACACCUGGAUUGUGUGCAAUCACUCCAAUCAGAAUGAAGAGUAUCCGCCCGCCAAUCAAGGUAAAUGCGUUCGCAUAUAUUUGACGGUAAUAAUGGUAUGUCAAACCUAUCUGACCCCUGGUAAGGACAGCAUAACAGCCACUAGAGACGAUCUGACAUGUAGGAUCACGUACUGUUCCACUGUUAACCCCGGCGGUUGGGCACCGGCAACCGUACUGCGUGCUAUCUACAAGAAAGAGUAUCCAAAGUUCCUUAAACGCUUUACAGGAUAUGUCGUUGAUCAGCGUAAAAAUAAGCCAAUAAUGUACUAGCGGGUAGGCGCGAUUCGAUUGAGUGAAGAUGUGCGUAUGUGUGAGAGCGAAAUACAGAGAAAUAUUGUGUAGCUUUUGUUUAGUUUAAGAAUUGUUAAGAUUGGUAGAAACAGAGUGUGAAGAAUAUCAAAUAGUGAAUUGGUAGGAUCGAUCUAACCGACUGGCUGUUAUACCUAUAAAAAAAAACAUUACCAAGCCACGAUUUACUACGUUCACAAGUUUCACAUGUUUCAGCACAGAGGUAAAGCGUGUGAAAUCAGCGAGUGGUUUGUUCAAAAAUCUAACAUUGCUUCUUGGGACAGACAAAUAAAACAACUGUUUUUGCU